UGAGGGAAAAAUUCCCGUUUUCCUGGACAUAAACACCAGGCUCUGCUUCUCCUGAGGGAAAACCUCAUUCCCACUUAUCCCAACAAUGAUAUCCCUCCAUUCCCAACCCCAAAAUCCCAAUUUUCUACCUCUUUUCCCCCUCAGGCCUGGCUCCAUGGCAGAGCAGGAGAGGCCGUGGGGGUUUGCGGAUUUCCUGAGGGAAAAAUUUCCAUUUUUAUAGAUGUAAACACCAGGCCCUGCUUCUCCUGAGGAAAAACCUCACUCCUGUUUAUCCCCACUGCAAUUUCCCCCUAUUCCCAACCCCAAAUCCCAAAUUUUUUGCCUUUUUCCCCUCAGGCCCCAGCUCCAUGGCAGAGCCAGAGAGGCUGUGGCGAUCUGUGGAUUUCCUGAGAGAAAGAUUCCCAUUUUUCUGGACAUAAACACCAGGCUCUGCUUCUCCUGAGGGCAAACCUCAUUCCCACUUAUCCCAACAACGAUAUCCCUCCAUUUCCAACCCCAAAAUCCCAAUUUUCUACUUCAUUUCCCCCUCAGGCCUGGCUCCAUGGCAGAGCAGGAGAGGCCGCGGGGGUUUGCGGAUUUUCUGAGGGAAAAAUUCCCAUUUUUCUGGUUGUAAACACCAGGCCCUGCUUCUCCUGAGGCCCGGCCCCAUGGCAGAGCAGGAGAGGCCGCGGCGGCUCCUGAGGCUGGUCCAGGAGGGAAAGCUGGAYGAGCUGCGGGAUGAGCUGAGCUUGGGUGACAUUCCAGAGGCUCCCGACGGGCGCUGGGGACCUUUGGGAGACACCCUGCUGCACAGAGCGGCGCGGUUCGGUCACCGGGACGUGCUGGAAUUCCUGAUCCGCGAUUUUGGGAUGGACAUCGAGGUGGCCAACGGGGACUACAAGAGGCCCAUCCAUGAGGCAGCUUCCAUGGGCCACCAGGAGUGUGUGGCCUUGCUCCUGGAGAGCGGCGCCAGCGUGGACUGCUUGAAAUCUUCUUCCAGGACUCCCCUCAUGAUGGCUUGCACCAGGAAAAACUUGGAAGUGAUCCAAACYCUGGUGGAGCACGGAGCCAACCCGCUGCUGAGGAAUAAGGAUGGCUGGAAUUGUUUCCACAUUGCCAGCAGGGAAGGGCACCCCGAGGUGCUGCAGUACCUGCUGGAUGCAUCCCCAGGGUGCUGGGACACGGAGAGCACCACGGGGAGAACUCCUCUGCACACAGCAGCGAUGCACGGCUGUUCCCGGGUCGUGGAGCUGCUCCUGGAUCGAUGCCAGUACACCCCUGACAGCAGGGACAGAUGUGGAAUCACUCCCUUCAUGGAUGCCCUCCAGAAUGGGCACGUUGGCAUCGCCCGGCUGCUGCUGCACAAACACCAGGUGAGUGCCACNGCUGUGGAUGCCCUGGGUGCCCAGGCUCUGCACAGGGCAGCUGUGGCAGCCCAGGAUGGAGCCAUCCAGUUCUUGGUGUCUGAGCUGGGUGUGGAUGUCAACGGGAGAGCGACGGCCCUGAGGAUCCCGGCCCUGCACUACGCAGCCAAGGAAGGACAUGGCCACACCAUCCAGACCCUGCUGUCCCUGGGUGCUGAUAUCCAGGCUAAGGAUGGCAAAGGCCGUUCUGGNNNNCACGCAGCCAGCGCCGGGCAGAGGGCAGAGGCCGCUCAGCUCCUGCUCCGUGCCGGGCUCCGGGACGCUCCGGAUGCCACGGGAACGCUGGCACAGCAGCUGGCCAGGAGACCUGAGCUCAUCCAGGUUUUCCAGGAAACUCAAAUCAACACUUGAAGAAGAGGAACGCACUCAUUUUCCACGUGGGCUGAGCUUUGCCUCUUCCUGUGCAGCUCCUGGCAAAUCCCAGCUCCAUGAAACAGAACCAUCCCAGGAAGGAAAGUGGCACUUUAGGGAUCCUUAUGGCUUUUGUGGGAAUUUCCAGACUGAACAUCUCGAUGAAGAUCCACCUGGAUCCUUGAUUUUAUUGCCCUUCAUGGACCUGCUCUCCACUAAUCCCUUAAAUUCCUUUCAUUUCCCACUUUGGGUAAGACAAGGACUCUUAAAGCUGCAUCAACCUUUUAAAUCCUUUUUGCAGCUCGGAGCUGAUCCCAAAACCUGCUGGAAUCCACAGUGGGACCUCAUCCUUGUGAGGACAUCGAGAAUGUUUGGAUCAGACUGAAAUAAGGAGGUGUUUGUUAUUCCAGACUGGAAUUCUGGGCAAUUCCCAGCACUGAUGAACUUUAAAUCCUAAAAAUCUGCUCUUGAAGUCUGUGAAUACACAGCGAGGUAAGAGCAGCUGCAGCUGUUGGGUUUAUGUUGCUGGAAUUAUAAAUUCCAUAGAAAA